GUUUCGCGUCGGCGACCCUACAUUCUUACAAAUCAGCGUAUUACCAAAUAAGGAAAAAAUUGCUGUGCUCAGUUGAAAUUGGUGACGGCCACUUUAGUGCCAGUGUGAUAGUAUUGUUACAGUGUUUCGUCCCGUUGGAGGGCUUCGUCGGAAGAUCAAAAUUUUUCAGAAUUUUAAAUAUUUUGGUGAGGUGAUGCUGAGGGUAAUCGUGCCCCUUUAUUGUUGCUGUUUCUGGGUCCUCGGUUCAUCAGCUGAAGUCAUCACAGCUUUCGUCAUCCUCCCUCAGAACGACAGCUACCUAAUAUCGAUCGAAAAAACGAAAGCCGUCUUUCAUCUCGCGUCCUCAGCGGCCGAGUCGAUUCUUCCUUCGUACCAGUUCAAAUUCGUCUUCAGAGAUGACAAAUGUGAGCCGGAUUUGGCGAUGCAGCGUGCAGUCACUGCGAAUCAAUGCCACCAAGGAGAACAGAAUAGGGCCAAUGUGAUUUUCGGGCCCAUGUGCGAAUUCUGUGUCGCUCAAGUGGCUCGUGUCAUAAAGUUCUGGUCGAUUCCAAUGAUAUCCACGGGAGGUCUCACAUUCGACUUCUCCAAACCCAAGACUGAGCCCGAAACCGAAUUCUUCCUACUCGUACGUCUCGGUAUGCUCGAUUUCUUGAAGAUGUCGCUUGCAUUAGUGUCCAUUUUCGAAAGGUACGGAUGGCAUCGAGUGCUUCUUGUGUACGAGAAGGACGGCUGCAUGUGGCUCGCUGGAAAGUGGACAUGCAAGCUCAUGAUGGAAACGCUCGUAGAACUUUUCAAGACGAAGGAAAUCGUGUUCGACGCCAUCGACAUCAGUCGACACCGGGAUAUACCUCUUUACGAGAUCCUCAAUAGAGAAAACCUGAAUUAUUCAAGUAAGCCAUACUGGUAGCCGGGUGUCAUCACCCGAGAAUAAUGAGAGAUCAUAUUUUGUCUAGAUUAAAGAGCAAGAUAAUGUUAUGUAUGUUGACAUGUUAGUUAUAUUUGUACAACCGCAUUAAGCCUAGUUGAAGUAACCUAGCUUUGUCCUGUGUGCAUGCGCUUGAAAACCCACCUACCUUAAAGUGCCCAAUUGAAUAUUUAAUUAUGUAAACUUAUUUUUUUAAAGCACCGUAAUGCCGAUUUGAUAAUUUUAAUUAAAAA